CUUUGAUCUCUGGAAUGCAGGUCUUGAUUUUGGCGAUCGACAAAAGACAUGAAUUCAUUUACACAUGUUCCUCCUGGUUUUAGAUUCCACCCCACGGAUGAAGAAUUAGUUGAUUAUUACCUCAGGAAAAAGAUUGCUUCUAAAAGAAUUGACCUUGAUGUCAUUAAGGAAAUUGACCUUUAUAAAAUCGAGCCAUGGGAUCUUCAAGAACUGUGCAAAAUUAUAGGAAGUGAGGAGCAGAAUGAAUGGUACUUCUUUAGUCAUAAAGACAAGAAGUAUCCAACUGGAACUCGAACAAAUAGAGCUACAAAAGCAGGAUUUUGGAAAGCUACUGGAAGAGAUAAGGCUAUUUAUCGUAAGCACCUUUUGAUUGGAAUGAGAAAGACUUUGGUAUUUUACAAAGGUCGAGCACCAAAUGGACAAAAAUCGGAUUGGAUAAUGCAUGAGUACAGACUUGAAACCAAUGAGAAUGGGAAUACUCCUCAGGAAGAAGGAUGGGCAGUGUGUCGAGUAUUCAAGAAAAAAUUAGCUACAACAAUAAGGGGAGAAGGACAUCAUCAACACGAGUCACUAUGUUGGUAUAACGAUGACCAAUUAGUGUCUAAUUUCAUGCCUGAUUUCGACUCUCCACGCCGUAAUUUUCCAAAUCCAUAUAAUCCUCCAGUAUACCAACAUCCAAAUCCUCAUUAUUCCAGCAAUAUUAUGCAGCAGCCACAUAAUGAUGCAUUUCUCCAACUCCCUCAACUAGAGUCUCCAAAAAUCCCUCAAUCCUAUGGAAACAAUAUUAUCAACCAAAUUAUAGCACAGCCCAACUCCUCAAUUUACAAUAACAAUUAUGAUCAAGCAGUGGAUCAAGUGACCGAUUGGCGAGUACUCGAUAAAUUUGUUGCAUCUCAACUUAGUCAACAAGAUGGUUGCAGCAACAUGGACAAUGCUGCUUGCUCCAGUUCCCCAGCUUCUGAACAAAUGAACCUGAUUCAUCAAAAUGAUACUAAGGGAACAGAAAUGGCUUCAUCAGAUAUUGGCUCAUUAUCUGCUUCGAGUUCACAAGUUGAUCUAUGGAAGUAAUGCUAUAUAUAUAUAUAUAUAUAUGGUAAUCAUGAAAAUAUACGAUGAUCGGAUUUGAUAUACUUUGCGCUGAUCAGUUUGUAAAUAAUAAAACUCAAAUGAUGAUGUAUUAUUGGUCUAAAAAUCUGUACUGAUCUAUAAGACUUAUUUAAUGGGGAAAAAAACUAUAGAGAACCUCUAAUACGCAUAUAUAUAUAUAUAUUUGGAUUUCCAAUAGUGCAGCUCUCACAUUGUUGAGUUCUGCUUUUCUUUAAAAACAAGUUAGAAUAUUUCCCAAUUUGUGCAUGUCAUAUAAUUUUCUUUGUAUUUUUCCAAUUUAUCGGAUGUCCCUGAAAGAUCACAUUGUUCUACUUGUGAUAUCACCCGGUCUUGAGCGGUAUAAAGAAACAUUAGGGUGAUACUAUUUUCCGCCAUUAUUUCAACAAUUUGGAUGAAUAUUUCCAGCAGAUGUAAAACUUGGGGUUGUAAUAUCAUUUAAUGUAAUAUUCUUUGAUUUUCAUAAUUUUUCGUAACCUGAUGGUUGAAAUUUAUUAAACUGAAUGCAAAUUAAACAAACAAAAAAGCCUUCCGACUAAGCCUAUAGUUUAUGGGUUCAACUGAAUCCAACAUUUUGUGUGUUUGUGUGUGUAAAUUAUCACUGAAUUUCAACAAAUUUUAAGUUUUUGAGGCAUAGUUUCAAAAUGUAAUGGAUUCACUAGUAAGAACCGAUUGGAUUUAAAUCUUGAUUUCGCCUAUGACCUCAGCUCUCAUUAUUUCAUCGAAUUUCUAGAUCCUAACUUGAAAUAUCUAACAAUUCAAAAGUGUCCAUCGGGGACAUCCCAUAAACUUGGAAGAAUGCAAUACUAUUGUUAGUGUCAACUAAAGAGAAGCAUUUAAUUUGACAGCUUUUUUAUUUAUUUAGUGAUUAAUGGAAUCGUCCGUCGUGUAUAAGAUAACAAUGUAUGUGUCUGGGCUUUUGUGUGGUACUAUUCGCAAACAUAGAUUAUAGGAAGUCUAUUAGAUAAAAUUGGUGUUCCCCUAUGGCACUAUCUAGAAUGUAUUGUAACGUUGGCGUGAGAAAGUUCCCAGUGAAAAAAAAAAAAAAAAAAGAAAGUGAAAAGUUCCUAGCCACCGAAGAAGUCUCAUAGCAAAUUUAAAGUAGCAUUGUGCUAGUCAAAUAUGAUUUUCUUCCAUUCCCAGUUCUAUUUUAUAUGAUACACUAUUCAUUUUAUUACGUUCCCAAAAUAAUGAUGCACUUCUAAAUUUUGAAACAAUUGUCUUUACAUUUUUUUUUUCUUUUACUCUUAAUGAGAAGCUAUUAUAACCACACACAAAUGGCAUAGCAUGUUAAGACCACAAAUUUCAAAAAUUUUAUAGCCACAUAAUUUAAUAUUAUGAAAUAUUUAAGACCACACAUUUCAAAAGUUUUUAUUUUUUCUUAAACUCUAUAUAGACUUAAACCUUAAAUUGAAACGAAGGGAGCAAUAAACCAAAUAAAUUAUCAAUGUAAAGGGAUGUAAAUGUAAGGUCAUGAAUUAUGCAAAGAAUAGCCUUCUCAUGGAAGUUAGUAGCUAAAUGCAUGGUUAAUUCCACUUUAAUAAGAAGCAAAGCUGCUUAUACUUCCAAAUUACGACAAAGACUUUAAAUAAUUGCAAAUAUGCUCUCUAAAAACCUCAUUCUUUGUAAAUGAGGUCAUUACGCAAUUCAGUAUGUUAUCAAAGAAAUAAUUUUUUUAGGUCCAGACUUCAUUGCCACCCAUUAUUAAAAAAAAAAUCCAUGCUAAGAAAAAGAUUACCGCAUGCUCGAAGUUUCCAACCGCAAGCAUAAUUAAAACUCAGCAGAUAAAACAAAAUACAUCACUUAUUACCAAACUAAAGUGUAU